AUGGAGCACGGGAACGGCACCUCAGACUUCAUUCUUUUAGGAUUCUUUGACCACACGACAGCCCACCAGUUUCUCUUUGGGGUCGUCCUGGAGGUAAUGAUGUUCUCCUUCCUCGGCAAUGCGCUCAUGGUCCUCCUGACCCACCAGGACGCCCGGCCGCACAUGCCCAUGUACUUCCUGCCCAACCAGCUCUCCCUCAUGGACAUGAUGCCGGUCUGCACCACUGUGCCCAAGAUGGCGGCUGCCUACCUGACUGGAAGGAAGUCCAUUUCGCCAGUGGGCUGUGGGCUUCAGAUCUUCUUCUUCCUUUCUCUGGGAGGUAGAGAAUGCGUCCUCUUGGCAGCCAUGUCCUACGACCGCUGUGUGGCUGUGUGCCACCCGCUGCGAUACGCCACCCUCAUGAGCUGGCGGCUGUGUCUGAGAAUGACUUCUGGGUCUUGGAUCCUGGGAGCAGCUGAUGGGGUCAUGCAGGCUGCUGUUACCCUCAGCUUUCCAUUCUGUGGUAACCAUGAGAUCGAUCACUUCUUCUGCGAGGCCCCCACGCUGGUGCGAUUGGCCUGCUCUGACACCUCUGCCUUCGAGUAUGUCAUGUACAUCUGCUGCAUCCUGAUGCUCCUCAUCCCCUUGUCCCUCAUCCUGACUUCCUACAGCCUCAUCCUGGCUGCUGUCCUGCACAUGCGCUCCACAGAGGCCCGCAAGAAGGCCUUUGCCACCUGCUCCUCCCAUGUGAUAGUUGUGGGUCUCUUUUAUGGUUCUGCCAUCUUUACCUACACGAGACCCACAUCCUACAGGUCAGCCAACCAUGAUAAGGUUGUGUCAGCCUUCUAUGCCAUCCUCACCCCCAUGCUGAAUCCCAUGAUCUACAGUCUGAGGAACACUGAGGUCAAAGGAGCCCUGAGGAAGUGUCUGAGCCAAUGUGCUGCCUUAAGAAGUGACUGGCAGCAGAUUUACUUUUAA